UUUCCCAUGGUUGCUUCCGGGUGGUUGUUACAGACGCUUUGUGGAUAAUUCAGAUUAGUUACAAUGGAGCAGAUUGUAACAGAUUUUCAUUGACUGCAAACAAAACGCUCUGAUCGAGAGGUGUGUAGCCUAUUGUCUAUUUAUAUGUCUAUUUCAAACGUUUUCAUAGCCUUGUGGGCGUUUAGAAACGUUCAUAGGCUGUGUAUCCUUAGCAUGCAGGUUUCUGAAACGUUUUAAGCUCUUUUGGCCAAACAGAGUAACGUUAGUCUGUAAUGUGUCCAAUCCUCUUUUUGGUAUGGCUACAUGGGGACCAAGCAAUGGGACAAAGGCACAACAUGACAGGCUGAGACAAGCGAAAUAUAUGCCUCUGACUGUACCCAUGAUCAGUUUAUGAGAUGAAGAUUUAGAAGAAGAAAAAAUGUUUUAUUGGGCCCCUUUGUAUGCCUAUUUACACCCUCUUGCCCUCCAUGACUUGAAAUAGGCUCAAGGCUGUAGGCUACUAGAUAGAGGAUUUUGAAGAAGUAGCCUAAUGAGAUUAUGAUGUUGAUGGCAGUCUCUUGGUAACAAAGAAAUUGAUUAAAAUAUAUCAAUAUGUUAUAGCUUCUAACUUGUAUUUUGUUAUAUCUAAAACUGACACUUAUUACAGGCAAAAGUGUUUGCAGGCCCUCCUAUUAUUCGGCUCUGACCUCACAUGUGAGCUAAUAGAUAUAGGCUAAACUGUUUUGGGCGCAAUCUGGCUUUAGUGCAUUAAUUUUUAGACUUUUAAAUUAAUUAUAUAGCCAUUAAUUAAAGAAAAGGUCAGCAUGUGGGAGAAGUUGGGAUUCACGGAAAAUAGACAAGUUUCCCAAUAGUAAUUACCAGUUGGAAGUGUGUGUUCAAGUGGGUUCUUCCCCAGUCGUAUGUAGUAAAUACCACCUUCCCACUUGGUUAUGAAUGCAGCAUAAUUAUAAUGACAACUUCAAUGUCUACAAUAUUAUGGCAUCAACACCAGGGAGUAAAAUUGAAUAUUUGAGUAUUUGUAUCAGCAUUUUGUCCAUAUUACAUUCCAUGGAUUUGAAAACAAAGACUGAAGCUGCUCAUCCACAACAUAAGGCAGGAUGGAAUGGCAGGGGGACCUUCCUCAGGAUCAUGCCUUUGUAGAGCUCCUGGUUCCUGGGCUUCCCAGCGAGCUGGACAUCCAACAGCUGCUCCGAGACACAGAGGACAAACUCAAACUCAAUGCCUGCAGUAUAGAACAUAGUCUGAAGGAACUGCAGGGGAAGAUGGGUGAGUCCUGGACGGGGGAGCGUCCACCCAGCCCCACGGAAUGUCUGCAGUGGUUUAACCCACGGAACCCCAGCACUGUCAGGCCUGUCGCCACGGGAAACCAGGAGCUUCUGGACUUCCUGAAAGCUCUGCUCCAGUACCUUAGGACAGAGGAGGAGGGGCGAGAGGACGUGACCCUCCAGCUGCUCCACAACAUCUCCUCCCAGUGUGGCGUGUCCUUCCCCAACACCACCCCCUCGCAAACCCCCCAGCAGCCCGGCCCCUCGGCACACCCCUCGGUCCACACGGUCCGGGACGACAGUGCUCUGGAGAGCCAGGAGGUGUGGGACGAGGUGAGGCUCCAGCUGCGGCGCCACCUGCUGGACAGACUGUCCUGUCCCCUCCCCGUCCCUCAGCGCAUCCACUGUCUGCAGCAGCUGUUCUUCCUCUACCCAGAGUGGGAGGUGCUGACGUGCUACCAGGGCCUGAGGAGCCAGGCUGUCCUGUCUCUGCUCCACUCUGCCCUGGCCUCCAGCCCCGGUGGGAAGGAGACGGGCUUCGACAGGCUGGCCCUGGGGCUCCGUGCUGCCGCCCCGGCCCUGUGCUCGGCCCUCAGGGAGGAGCUCCAGGUCCUCAACGGGGUGGCCAAGCCCAAAACCAUUCUGGGUUUCCUGAACGCUGCCUACCUAAACACUGUGUCCCAGGAGCUGGGCGCCAUGAUGGAGAGAGAGUGUGAGAAUGCCCUAAAGGACAACACUACGCUGAGCAGUAGCAAGGGGAGGAAAAGCUCGGCCAGGACCAAGGCUGCUGUAGCGCCUCUGGAGCUGCCCCCCAGGAGAGGCAGGAACUUCAGCCUAACAUCUCACCAGCUGAGGGUCCUGACCCAGCUAGCCUGCACUCUGCUGGGUCUGGAGAGCCAAGUGGACGAGCUGGCCACUCAACUGGCAUUCAUCAACUGUGUUGGGGAGACUCCCUGCAGUGUGAGAGGAAUAUUGAAAAAGACCAAAGACAACUUGGAUAUGACCACUGUGGAUGGUAACAAGACCACGGCAGAGAUGCUCUUCCAGAGCCCGGAGGCCAUUGUUCUGGAGUUUGAUUGGAGGGCUGCGUUCAGGGAGCUGGUGCCCCAGAUGGCUCAUUGUGUCAAGGUGGUGCUGGAGGAUGUGUGCACCAAGAGUCUGCAGCAGGAGGAGCUGUCACACACAUCUGGCUCCGCCCACAUGGUCCUGACCAACACACCCCACAGAGAUGGCUCCUCCCUCACCUGCCCAGAGAGGGACCGCCCCAAGAUGGUCGCCAAGUUCUGUGGUGACAUCAUGGGGGAGUGUGAUGCCCUCCUGCCCCUGGCGGAGGCGUGUGGAGAUGCCGCCCUCCUGGAGGUGCGCUGCAGCUUUGUGGAGGUGUGUGCCUGGGUCACGUCUGCCAUCCUGGGCCGUGUGGAGGAACGGGUAGGGGAGGUGCCCUCUGCUGCCCCCCUGAAGAACCUGGUUGCUCUGCUGGGCACCAGUAUGUACAUCCACCAACAGCUGUGCCACUAUGAGGCACAACUCAGAGAGACCAACACCACCGCAGCAAGAGUGCCGAUGACACUGCUGCCCAUCCAGAGGUACCAGGAUGUGACGGAGGGCCUGAGAGAGCAGCUGACCAGCUACUGUGUCCAGGUGUGCACCAGCACUCUCCUGCAGGACGCAGAGAGCCACCACUGGGCUGACCCCAAACCCUUCUACGAGGGUGAUAGGUGUUCAUUCUCAGUGCAGAUGUGGCACUACUUCCUGACUGGGCUUCGUACUGACCUGUGGUUGGCUGUGCCGGGCUCUGUGGGGCGGGACGUGCUCGCUCAGGUGACCAGUGAGAGUCUGCAGGUUCUUGUGCAGAGGUACUCCAGGGCACGGCCCUCCUACAAGAGGCACCUGCAGAUCAGGUGUGACAUCACCGCGGUGCUGCUUUGUGUGGAGCAGCUUAUGUGGAGUGUGUGUGAGCGGCCCGAGGCGCUGGUGCAGUCGGAGCACCCCGUGGGGGGUUGCGUCUGGGUCGCCUCAAUCCACAGCCUGUGUAACCAGCUCCUGACCACGCUGGUCAUCGUGACCGCACCCCUGCCUCAGCUCUUCUGGACCUUCCAGUACAGGCCAGGAGAGGGCUCUCUGUCAGCUCUGGCCCAAUCCCCAAGCAGUCCUGGCAUACACUGGCUCAGUGCCAUCCACCCUGCCCUGUUCACCCAGCAGGCAGCACGGGAGGGCCUGACGGGCGAAGCGGCCUCCGAGUGCCAGCUGAGGCUGCUGACAUCUGACCCAGAAUGCAGUCCCAGGUUGCUGCUGACCGCCAUCCUGCACAGAGACUGUCACCUGCUCCGAGUCCUCCUGGAGCACUCCCAUUUCUGCAUGGAGGAGGAGGCAGAUGCUGAUGCUGUGUCUCCUGUGAAGAGCGAUGCUGGAGAUGAGUUUAUGGAGGCAGUGUACAACGUGCUCAGCUCCCUGAACAAUGUCCCCAAAGCCUUGACUCUGGCCCUGGAGACAUACUUUGACAGAGGACACUUAUGGGACUAUCUAUACAGCCUGGCAGAUUCAGUGCGGCCUGUCCCCGUUGUGGUCAGCUUUAUCCGGGCAGUGAUCAACCAAACUGUCCACUGCCUUCUGGGCCACCUGGUCACCAUGGUGCUGGACUGGCAGGCCUCUGAGGAGCCCUGUGCCCCCCUGCUCAGACGGGACGUCCCAGACAGCGUCCUCACUAAAGUCCCCAAGGAGUGGAGCUACACCCCUCAGACACCCAAGGGGAGGGAGUCAGCUAAGAGUGUGGUGAAUCUGGCCCUCCAGGCCCUCUCUUUCAUCUACACCAACCUGCCUUCGGCCGUGGCUUCGCUCCCCCUGCCAGUACGCUUCCUCUUCCACACCGCAGAGAAACACCUUUCCCAGCAUGCUCGGCAGCUGCGCUCCACAGGCCUGCUCCUCUGGACCCUCCUUAGCUGUCUCUGCCAGUGCCUGGAGGACCCCAACUCACUGGAGCUGCUGUGUGGCCUGCCUCUAGACCGGGGGGCCAAGGAGAGACUGGCCCUGCUGUCAGAGUGCCUCCAGGGUACCAUGGGCCAAGGCCAGCAGAAGGGAGUGCCCAAGCCCACUGUGCACAAGGUACUGCAGGCUCUGGAGGAGAGGAGGCCCAAGUGGUGCUCCAUGCAGCUGCAGAAGGCCCGCAAGCUCUGCUCCGAGAGUGCGUUUGAGUGGGGCGAGAGUGGUGUUCCACAGGAGAGGGGCGGCGGUGUGGCUGAGGCAACUGAGCAGAAAAUAGGGCUGAUACUCCUGGAGAUUUGCCACAAACCAGGUGGUGCCGAGUACCUGAGGCAAAUCUAUCAUAUCAUCCAAGUCAAUGAGCCACUGUUGAGGUCCAAGCUGUGUGUGUCCAGUGACCCCCCAGAUUACUCUCCUCAGACAGUGACCUUUGACCUGGGAACAGACCGUCCUGGUCACCCCUCACCCCGGUUCAACCCCCUCCACCAGUUUGACCACAUCGGCAGCAACAAGUUUGACCAGGCAGCCAUGGGAGACUGGGCCUGGGACUGGGCCACACUGCUGCCAACUUACCAGGGGAUGAGUCAGGUGACCUUGAGAGCACUACUGGCCAACAGGUGGGAGAUGCAGGAUGGUGCAGCUCUGGAAGAUGAAGAGAAGCCUGUGGUGGAGGAGCUACAGAAAGCCUACUUCAACCAGAGCCCUGCUGGAUCCCAAGGCCCCCAUGGAGUCACCCAGACAGCCCAGGAUGAGCAGUAUGCAGCAGCAAACAUCAUCAAUUAAAACUACUGCACUCAAUUAAAAAGACUCCUUCCUCCAAAAGCCCUUUGUGUUUUAAAUGAGAAACAUUGUAACGUGUGUGCAGUACAGGAUUAGAAGCUAAAGGAGAAGCUGUGUGUGUGUAUGUGCACACGUGCGGGGGGAUUGGGUACGUUACUUUCUAAAUGUAAUCUGUUACUAGUUACAGUGGGGAAAAAACGUAUUUAGUCAGCCACCAAUUGUGC